AUGGGUAUUCAAGGGCUGUUACCAUUUUUAAAGAAAAUUCAUAAACCAAUGAAUAUAUCUCAGUUUAAAGGUUGCACUGUAGCUAUUGAUGCUUAUUGUUGGUUACAUAAAGGAGCUUUUUCUUGUGCCGAUAAACUUGCUCUUGGUGAAAAGACAGAAAUGUAUGUGUAUUAUUGUAUGAAAUAUGUGGACUACCUACUUAAAGCUGAUAUUAAACCAAUCCUAGUUUUUGAUGGAUGUCAUUUACCUUCAAAAAAAGAUGUGGAAAAAUCUCGGAGAGAACGUAGAGAGUUGUAUCGAAAGAAAGCUGCAGAAUAUUUACGAGCUGGACAGAGAGCAGAAGCUAGAGAUUGUUUACAGAAAUGUAUUGAUAUUACCCCUCAGAUGGCAUUGGAACUUAUGAAUACCUGUAGAAAUAAAGGAGUAGAUUGUAUUGUUGCUCCUUAUGAAGCAGAUGCUCAGUUAGCCUACCUCAAUAAAACUGGUAUAGCUCAAGUUAUAAUCACUGAGGAUUCAGAUCUCUUAUUGUUUGGCUGUGAUAAGGUUAUGUUUAAAAUGGAUUUCCAUGGUAAUGGAAUGUUGAUAGAACAAAAAGAUCUAAAUCAAGUUUUAGAAAUAAAUCAGGGAUUUUAUACGUUUGAUAAAUUCCGUCAGAUGUGUGUUUUAUCAGGAUGUGAUUAUCUCCCUUCCUUACCUGGUAUUGGCCUGGCUACGGCAUGUAAAGUUUUCAAAAAGACGCGACUAACUGACAUGAGAAUGUUAUUAAAGAAACUGUCAAGUUAUUUAAAGAAGAACGUGGUUGUUACUGAUGAUUAUAUAGACAAGUUUAUCCAGGCAGAAAACACUUUCCUUUAUCAACUAUGUUUUGAUCCUAUAAAACGUAGACUUGUUCCUCUUAAUCCAUAUGAACCUGAUGUUGAUCAAAACAACAUCAAAUAUGCUGGAUCAUAUUGUAGUGAUGAGCGAGCCUUAGAAAUUGCGCUUGGAAAUAUAGAUAUUUAUACAGGGGGGACAAUUCAUGACUAUAACCCAGACACAUUUCAGGUAUGUGAUUUCUUUAUAAUACAUAUAUUAUAUAUUUUUUCCAAAAAUCACAACAAUUGA